AUGACCAAAUUCAGACCAUGCAUUGACCUGCACUCAGGACAGGUCAAGCAAAUUGUGGGUGGUACCCUCAGCAAUGUGGCGGAGGAUCUAAAGACCAAUUACGUCUCCAAGCUUCCAGCCAGCUACUAUGCGGAAUUAUACCAGAAGCACAAUUUGCGUGGAGGACAUGUGGUGAAGCUUGGUCCGGGUAAUGACGAAGCUGCGAAGGAGUCGCUGAGUACCUGGAAAUCCGGAUUGCAGGUUGCUGGUGGCAUUACCGAUCAAAACGCGCAGUACUGGAUUGAUCAAGGCGCAGAGAAGGUCAUCAUCACCUCAUUUCUCUUUCCUUCGGGCAAAUUUUCCCUAGAGCGGCUCCAAUCCGUCCUUGCAGCACUGGGUGGUGACAAGUCGAAGCUGGUCUUGGAUCUGAGUUGCCGCCGAAAGGAUAACACUUGGUUUGUGGCGAUGGAUCGUUGGCAGACCAUUACUGAGAUGGAAAUCACCGCUGAAUCAAUUGCCUUCCUGGAGCCCUACUGCUCCGAGUUUUUGAUCCAUGCUGCAGACGUCGAGGGAUUGCAGCAGGGUGUGGACGAGGAAUUGGUUUCUAAACUAGCUGAUUGGUGUAAGAUUCCCGUCACAUAUGCUGGUGGUGCUCGCAGCAUUCAGGAUCUGGAAAAGGUUCAUGUUAGCAGCAAGGGCAAAGUGGAUUUGACCAUCGGAAGCGCCUUGGAUAUUUUUGGCGGCUCCGGAGUGACGUUUGAUGAAUGUAUUCAGUGGAAUGAGACCCACUGA